AUGGCGACGAUACGAGGAACGCGUGUGCCUGUCGGCUCUGCGUCAUGGAUCAACGAAGAAAGGACGACGGCUCUGAGCAUUGUCCAGGCUGAGGCUGAGGAGUUCUCGUUCGCCGCGAGAAACGAAUUCGACUGGCUCAACGAGCACAUGGCUGGCAUCUUCAAUGAGAACGAGAUCAACGUUGCCGAGAUUUUCAAGACUCCCGGUAAGCUUCGCAGCAAGACGCCGCGAACAGCGCGUAAGGCCGACAACGGCGAGCCCCGUGUCCCACUGUCGGAUGUGUUUUCUUCAACGCCCAAUGGCGCGCCAAACGCCUUCACGCAACAACUUGCUCGCACCACCCCCAAGGUCAACCCUGCACAAUCGACGUCGUCUCCUUUGGUCAACAGGAACAUUUCGCCGCACAAAGCUGCCCCCUCGCCUAGACCGGUUUCGAAACAGCCCGUUGCCCUAGCCGAUUCCGGAUACUAUGGCAGCCAGGACGUUGACAACGUAGACGAUGUCGACGACGAUAUGGACGUUGACCUCAUCGAGGAGGAGACAGAAAUCGGAGAGCCACGAUCUAGCCCACCCAAGACCACAGGACGUACCGGACAUGUAGCAUUCGACGCCACAGCCGAACAAAACGCGCCUCAAAGCCCGACCGUGACGAGGACUAUGCGAUCACCUGAAGUCACCUUCCAGACUGCCAAGGAAGAGCAGACGACAAGAGUCAUGAGAGAUAUAACCGAAGAGGCCCCAUCACCCGCCUCGGGAGCCUCAUCGACACCUCACAGCUCGUCUAAGCGUGCGAAGACUCCUUCAUCCCCAGUAGCUUCUCCUGAACCUCGCUCUGCGAAGGUCGCAUCGCCCACGAAGGCAUCGCCUAUGAAGCGUUCUCCGGCUAAACAGGCGUCCCCGUCCCCUUCGCUCUCGCCUAGGGGUUCUCCGUCCCCUGUGCGCGAACCUACACCCAUGGCUAAUUCACAAGACGACGUGGAUGUGCACAUGGAUGAAGAUACGCGCUCCCCAUCCGACGAGUCGAGCCCGAUCCGACCAGUUAGGAAGAGCAGUCUCAACUUUGCUUCGCUUCCCGCUAGAGAGCCCCUGAAGAACAAGAGCAUCGGGGCUCGCGUUUCCAGAACCAGCCAUCUGGAUAACCACCGCCAGAGUUACUAUAGUAGACAAACCGAAGGCAAGAGUUUGGGAAACAAUAUUGAGCUGCUUGGAGCUUCAGAUGAUGAGGAAGGCAACGACGACGAAAUGAAUGUCGACGACUCAACCGAGGCGACGAAAGAGAGCGACAGCUACGCCUCUAACCACAACAAGACAUAUACUCAGAGACUCCAAGACCAGAUCAAUUUGCUUGGCAAAUCUCAGCCGAAUGCAAGCAGACCUUCGAAAUCGAUCCCAAGCUCCGCGGUUGCCCAACAACUUGCUCAAGCCAGUGCACCUCAACCCGCAGCAGAAGUCAAGACAGCAUCGCCAACGAAGAAAUCAGCCGCACCGCCAACUCCUGGAGCAUUCCCCGAAGAUGAGGAGGAAGAAGAUGACUGGAUUGCACCGCCCGUUCCUGCAAAGGACACGCCCCAGUCCAGCCCACGCCCGCACUUGUCUAAGAGCCAUACUGCAGACGUCAUGGAAGGCAUCGAUGGGGCUGAUACCAUCAGCGGCCCUGAGUUUGGCCUGCCCAAGCAGCGGCAAUCACCUGGCCGAUCUGGCUCACCGAAGCGUGCCCCUGUCAUUCCUGAGCGUACCACUAGUGUCUUCGGCCAUGGCAAAUCUGCAUCCGUUUCCGUCUUGCCCGAUCUGUCGAAGGGCAAAAUGGUUGAAGACUUGUCGCCCGCCAAGAAACACGUCUCCGUUUCUAACCCACUGUCAGCGGUGCUAGAAGACGGACAUCCGGAGACUCCUCAGUCGCCUACGCGAAGCUUCCGGGACAGCCCGCUGAAGCAAGUGAAGAACAAGCUGUCUUCUAUUCUGAAGAGCUCAAAGGGUCUUCUUGCGAGCAGCGCGGCAAUCAGCGCUGAGGGCAAAUCGUCGCUCAUGUCACCAUCCACUACUCGGUUUGGUCUUCACUCUGGUCCAUCCACAGAGUCAAUCGCGCCCCAGCAAGCCCCCGCUGAGCCGUUGUACCCUGAUCUUUCCAAGCGCAUCGCAGCCGAUGCACAGACGCUUACCAGUCUGGGAAGCCCUGAAAAGCCUGUCGCACGUCGAACAAGGGCUUCUGUCGAGAAGGAAAAGGAGGACAAACGCAAGGAGAAAGAAGCCAAACUGAUGGCUGACCAGAUGAGCAAGCUGGACAAGGCUCGUGCAGAGGAGCGUGAAAAGGCUCGAACUUUCAGCAAGGAACAGGAGAAGAUUGCUGCUAUGGAGAAGAGGAUUGCCGCACAGAAGGAGGCAGCGUCCGAAAAGGAACAGGAGAAGGAGAUGGAGAGACCUGCUCGAACGCCGGCACCAAAAGAGGCGCCCAAGCCCACCAGAACUAGCCCCCGCAAGGCCAAGAACCAGGGCGACGUCGAAGCCUCGGCGCAGGCUUCGCAGUUAGAGAAGCCGGACGUGGAAAUGACCGAAGCGCCGACCCCGAUGCCGCCGCCCUCCGCACCUCGGUCUGUUGGUCCGAGCCAGACAGCGAGACCCAGAGAACUCCGUCGCCCGACGAAACCAACAAAGGAGGCACCUAGCAAGGUCAAGCAAGCGCCUACCGUCAUUCGUGUUAACACCGGCUCGCAACACUCGCAGUACCACCCCUCGACCAGCACUCUGUCCUCUGGUCUCCAAGACACUCUUGGCUCGUCGGUUAAGUCCAAGACCAGUCAACCAGGUUCGCAUAGCAAGCAAUCCCUGGCAAGCCUGAAGAGCUCUGUUUCUUCCAAUGGCCGACCCAAAGCGCUUGAGCUUGCCGCCAAGCGGAAGGAACAAGAGGAGCGGGAAGCCCAGAGAAAGAGAGAUGCCAAGCUCGAGCUGGAACGCAAGCGCGCUGCUAUUCAGGAGGAGGAGCGCAAACAGGAAUCGCAGAGGCGACAGGAAGCAGAGAGACAAAGGGAGAGGGAUGCCGAGGCGAAAAAGAACGCACAAAGACAGGCAGCCAUUGAGCGUGCCAAGCAGACUCGAGCACCACCCCCUGCUGUGCGAUCCCAGCCAAAUGGCCCUCCCGACUACACUGCAAGCCAGCGCAGCGAUGGCCAGCCUCCUCGACCACCUUCUCGCAUGAACUCCGCUGCCUCUCGAUCUCAAGAGGAUCGACCAGUCAAUGCUGUUCUUUCGAAUGCCUCUAAGCCUGGCUCCAAGAGGCCGCUUCCGCAAGACGGCAGGGAGGAGACGAGCUCGCGCAACCCUCCUCCCCGCAACGGCCCAGCCUACCAGUCCAAGGAAGCCAAGCGCCGUCGCACAAGCGACGACUUCGCUGAUGAGCUUGACAUGGACAUCCAACCACCCAAUAUCAAGGGGCCUCCUGUUCGUCCGCCAUCAGUCGGCUUCAAGAAGGUAUGUCGCGCAACGGACGGGUCACUUGCUGCACUGGCUAAUAUGAAACAGCAGGAGAUGCCUACCAAGUCGAUGUACGGCUAUACCAACGCACCGCCGAGUGCAUCCAGGGACCUUUUCAAGUCUACUGUUACCGCUCAACACCACAGCACAAUCAAGUCGGCCAAGCAAGUGGACAUGAACCAGUUCGCCCAAGGGCAUAUCCCAUUUGCUCCUAACCCCAAUCCCGCUGGCCCAGCCCACAAGACACCGGCACGGCCCAUGGGCACUGCGAGCACCAAGUCGACCGCGAAGGCCACAAGGUCAUCGCCUCGUUUCCAGGAUGGUGAGAAGAUUGAACUGCCCGAAAUCGACACGGACGAAGACGAAGACGAGGAAGACUCACACUUCGGCGUGGCGCCCUGGGCCGAUUCUCCCGACUUGAGACGUGCCCUGAUGCGGCAGGAGACUAUUGAUCCCAAGGAAGUUUUCGGACCCCCACGUGCCCUCAAUAUGGAGGAAGUGUUCAGCAACAAGGAGAGGUGGCACAAGUUCCGCGCGCGAACGUCGAGUGCUAACUGGAGUGGAUCGGAUCGUCUGACAGAAGACGAAAUCAGAAAGGAUCUCGCAGCUCGCGACAAGUUGCGCAGAGAAGGCGGCUGGUCUUACGAGAUGAGCAAAGACUUGAUUUGA